UGUGAAACUCUCCAUCAGUUUCCCUCACUAAGCAGAAAACUUUCUCUCUCUCACUCUCUCUCAGCAUCAACUAGGCCGUAGUUUCUCUUUAAAAACUAUUUCGCUCCAUAGAUUCUCUCUCUGUGAAAAGUGAGGGUUGUUCCAGUUUUUGACGCUUCUGUGAGCCCUGGCAAAUGGGUUUUGGUUUGUGUUUGCAUGCAUUGUGUUGCUAGGAGCUUUUUCCACUAACCUAGUUAUUUCACCUUGGGCUUUUUGAGCUUGUCAAUCUCGUCAAGUGGGUUUAGAGUGACUCAGCUUCGUGAUUAUCGUACGUACUACUUCGGCUUCAAGUGUGUUUUUUGGACCUUGAUGAGGAGGUUUUGGUAACGGCUGAGAUUUAAGAGGAAGGGAAAUAAAAGAAAGCAAAGGUUUGUAAAGCAGAAGCAGAUAAUGGCUCCAGCGAGUAAUUGGUUAUCUUUCUCGCUGUCUCCGAUGGAAAUGCUGAGGUCCUCCGAGUCUCAGUACAUCACCUAUGAGAGCUCCUCCACUGCCUCUCCUCACUACUUGAUCGAUAACUUCUAUGCAAACGGUUGGACAAACCCCAAGUCCCAAGUUUUCUGCACAGAAGGAGAAGAAAACCAAGCCAAAACAAGCUUAGCAGACUCAUCUAUUCUCACCAGCUUCAUUGACCCACAGAGCCAAAACCAUCCGGUUCCAAAGCUCGAAGACUUCCUCGGCGACUCGUCGUCGAUGGUCCGGUACUCGGACAGUCAAACCGAGACCCAGGACUCGUCGCUGACCCAAAUCUACGACCAGGGUUCAGCCUACUUCAACGAUCAACAAGAUCUCAAAGCAUUCGCUGGGUUCCAAGCUUUUUCUACGAACUCGGGCUCGGAAGUCGAUGACUCGGCGUCAGUCCCAAGGACUCAGCUGGCUUGUGCCGAGUUUGUGGGUCAGUCGAUUGAGUCAGCUGGGAGCGAGUUGGCGUUCUCAAACUGUGCCAAGGGGGCUUUGUCUCUUGGGGUCACUCAGAGCUCUGAGAAGGUCGCCAUUGUCCCGGCUGAGCCUGAUAGCACUAAGAAGAUUGCUGAUACUUUUGGUCAACGAACUUCAAUCUACAGGGGGGUCACCAGACACAGGUGGACGGGUAGAUAUGAAGCGCAUCUGUGGGACAACAGCUGUAGAAGGGAGGGUCAGGCUAGAAAGGGACGUCAAGUAUACUUGGGUGGAUAUGACAAGGAAGAAAAGGCAGCUAGAGCUUAUGAUUUGGCAGCACUAAAAUACUGGGGUACCUCUGCAACCACCAACUUCCCUGUCUCUAAUUACGCCAAAGAGGUGGAAGAGAUGAAACAUGUGAGCAAGCAAGAAUUCAUUGCUUCACUGAGAAGGAAAAGUAGCGGUUUUUCAAGGGGAGCCUCAAUAUACAGGGGUGUAACAAGGCAUCAUCAGCAGGGUCGAUGGCAGGCGAGGAUAGGCCGAGUUGCCGGAAACAAAGACCUGUACCUUGGAACUUUUGCCACUGAAGAGGAAGCAGCAGAGGCAUAUGAUAUCGCAGCCAUAAAGUUUAGGGGUGCAAAUGCUGUGACAAAUUUUGAGAUGAACAGGUAUGAUGUGGAAGCUAUUGGCAAGAGUUCUCUACCCAUCGGUGGAGCAGCCAAGCGGUUGAAGCUUGAAUCAGAACAGAAACCAUCUCUAAAUCAUACUCAUCAUCAGCAACCCCAGUGUAGCAGUGGCAGCAACAGUAUCAAUUUUGCUGCCAUUCAGCCGCUGCCUCCCAUAUCUUCCAUUCCUUGUGGAAUUCCAAUUGAUGCUGCAACGGCACUCUAUCAUCAUCACCUGUUGCAGCACUUUCAACCUAACAACAUCGGCGGCGUUUCCGACUCCCCCGGCUUGUCAACUACUGCAACUCCAGUUAAUCAUAUAUUUCCACCUGCAGCGGCUGAGUUUUUCUUAUGGCCUCACCAUCACCAGCCCUAUUGACAUGUGACCAAAUAGGUUAUCAUCACCUUGCUGAUGGUGACAAUGCAGCUAACAUUUACCAGAAGCUCUGACCCUUUCACAGUUUCGCUCUGAUUCGCCUGUUCUUAACCCUGGGGCGAGGAGGUUUUUUGUCUGAAGGCUAAAGUUCUUUUUUAAUGUAGGAAGCUGGAUUUUGUAAGUAACUUAUGGUUCUCAAUGGUUUACAGUGCUCAGAUGGAAUGCUUUUGGAACAGGGCAUCAGUACUAGUUGCAAAAAAUUUCUUUUAAGUAUUUUCCUUCUUGUAUUAUUAUGAUGCUUUUUUCAGAUUCUAAUUCAUUUUCAGUUGUUCC